GUCCCAUGGUGUAAUGGUUAGCACUCUGGACUUUGAAUCCAGCGAUCCGAGUUCAAAUCUCGGUGGGACCUAGAUGAGUCUUUUUUUUGUAAAUUUUCAAUAAUUUACGUUUUAUACAAGUGUCGAUUUAAUAUAAUUACAAAUAUAUUUGUGUUGAAAUUUACAGUUCAUACAUAUGUAGUAAACUCUGCUAAAAUAUCAAGGUGUUUUGUUCAUCAUAUGAUUCAUAACCUAACAUUGAUGGUAUUGUCGAACCUGCAUUUAAAAAAAUACUCAUAAUUACUUAUAACUUUAUCGAAAAUAAUAUAAAUAAAUGUUAAAAAUUUAAAGUCUGUGUGUGUGUUGAAUAACUUUCUCGAGUUAAAAGCAUUAAAAAAAACAUAUAUUAUAAGGUUUUUUUUAACUUAAACGUGAUGUGACAUAUAAGCCAUGUGUUAGUGUUAGAACAUUUUCGAGAAUUAAAUUGACUAUAAGAUUGAAAAGAGAUGGCCGAGCAAUGCGACUCUGUGGUGGUUAUCAAGGCAAAACCCGUUCGUAAGGUUUUCAAGGCUCCUAUGAGAGCCAAUAAAAUUCCUGAGCAACUCUUGAACGAUCCUUUACUGAAUUCUGCCAUAGCAGCCUUACCGUCGAAUUAUAAUUUUGAAAUACACAAAACGAUAUGGAGGAUCAGGGAGGCCAAGGCGAAGCGAGUAGUUCUCCAAAUGCCAGAAGGUCUUCUAAUGUAUGCCACAACUAUAGCUGACAUCAUCGAAGACUUUACUGAAGCAGAGACUGUUAUUAUGGCCGAUGUCACCUAUGGAGCCUGCUGUGUGGACGAUUACACUACACGAGCAUUGGACGCAGACUUUCUGAUUCAUUAUGGACACUCGUGCCUUAUACCUGUAGAUCAGACUGCUGAUAUCAAAGUGCUCUAUGUGUUCGUCAACAUAAAAAUCGAUAUUGCACAUUGUGUGGAUUGUUUGCAAGCUACUCUGCCAGUCACCACAAAGUUAGCACUAGUCAGUACAAUACAAUUUGCUACAACGGUACAAGCAGUAGCGUUAGAACUGAGGAGAAAAGGUUACGAAGUUUCAGUGCCACAGAGCAAGCCACUUAGUCCUGGAGAAAUUUUAGGAUGCACAGCUCCACAAGUUCGCUGCGCUGAUGCAAUAAUCUACAUAGGAGACGGCCGUUUUCAUUUGGAAGCUGCAAUGAUUGCCAAUCCUAAGCUAAGGGCUUUUAAGUACGAUCCAUACGCGAAGAAAUUGACCGAGGAGUUUUAUGAUCAUGAGAGGAUGCUAAAGACCAGAUACGAGGCGAUACAACGCGCCGCAAAGACUGACAAAUACGCUUUAAUACUCGGCACUUUGGGCAGACAGGGAAAUCCUAAUGUACUGAAAACUUUGCAGAAUAGAAUUAAGGCCUUGGGAAAGGAAAACGUCGUAAUAUUGCUCUCGGAAAUAUUUCCGGAUAAGAUCAAGCUGUUCAAAGGCAUCGAUGCUUUUAUACAAAUUGCGUGUCCACGAUUGAGCAUCGACUGGGGCGUUGCAUUCGAGAAACCAUUUCUCACACCGUACGAAGGCGCUGUCGCCCUCAGGAUGGCCAAUUUUGACAUGGAACAGCCAUAUCCCAUGGAUUUUUACGCUACCAUUAGUCUCGGGCCGUGGACCGCUAAUCAUAAGGAAUCUGAAUUAGAGAAGACAGAUGCUUGUUGUGCGAUUAAUCAACGAUCUACUCUGCAAAACAUUCGCAAAAAGAGAAAAGAAUAUACUAUGCGAUCUAAGGUGACAAAUGAGAACACGUGGGAGACAAAGUGGGCCACGGAAUCGUCGCAGAGCGGUAGAGGCGUGCGACGAACAACAAAAAGAACUGAAUCGUCGGGGUUGAAAUUGUCAAAACCAUCCAGAGGGAACACGGCGCGGGAGAGAACUCUCAGGAGGCUGGAAAGCAAUGAACGAGAACGCAUGCGAAUGCACAGCUUGAACGAUGCGUUUCAAUCUCUACGCGAAGUGAUCCCGCACGUUACGAAAGAGAGGCGGCUCUCGAAGAUCGAAACAUUAACUCUGGCUAAGAAUUAUAUAGUGGCCCUUACGGACGUAAUAUGCGCUAUGAGAAGCGAGGAGGAUCAGCAGACGAGCGGCUCCGAAACUCAAGAUUCGUCGAACAGUGAACAACGAUUAGAAUCGACUGUCGUUCGCAUGAAUAUUCCUAUCGCCUCCAGAUCUUGCGCUUCGGAAACUCAGAAUUUUUAUCAGAGUAAGCAUUCCCGAUGGGAGAACGAUCAGGACAACAUCACAGGUCUCUGA